CAAAGAAGUGAAUAAAAAUGUCUCCAAUUUUGACCAUUUUGCUUGUCACAAUGUCCCUCCUUUGUGCUGCAACACUGGCCUCAGACCCCGACCCAGUUCAGGAUUUUUGCAUACCCGACCCGAGAUACGGUUCCUUAAAAGUUGCUCACCUUGCUACUCUCCCAUGCAAGAAUUCAUCGGAGGCCACCACCGAUGACUUUGUCUUCUCCGGCGUGAAGAAAGCCGGAAACUUCUCCGCAGACACCGGCCUUGCAGCCAUACCGGUGAACCCAACCGUUUUUCCAGGCCUCAACACGCUAGGCAUGUCAUUCAUACGCGCUGACCUUAAAGUUGGUGGAAUAAACCCACCACAUUUCCACCCAAGAGCCACUGAAAUUGCAUAUGUGGUGGAGGGAAGUGUAUAUUCAGGCUUUGUGGAUUCCACCAGCCGGGUUUUUGCAAGAACAGUCGAGCAAGGGGAGGUCAUGGUGUACCCCAGAGGCCUGGUGCAUUUCCAAAUGAAUGUGGGGGAUAAGCCUGCAACCAUAUUUGGUAGCUUCAAUAGCCAAAACCCUGGAUCCCAGAAAAUCCCAGCUGCCAUUUUUGGAUCUGGGAUCAAUGAGGAGCUUUUAGAGAAGGCUUUUGGAUUGAGUCCUAAGCAAAUUGGGAUGAUGAGAAGAAGGUUUGAUCCCAAAAAGGUGAAGUAAAGGUUGAAAGAAUGAUAUUUUGUGGCUGUUAAUUCUAGUUUUACUGGAUAAUAUGUGUUUCGAGUAUUAUAGAAUGGCUGUUUCUUUGGGAUCUCA